UUGUGAUUCAUUAUGCACGAAAAAUUUUGUUUUGUGAAAAGAAAUCAUUGAACUAUAUCGAUACUAACUGAACGAAUAUUUGACCAUCUAUUUGUCCAACUCUCCGCAUUACGGUUUUUCAAAUUCACGAUGAGCAGAAAAUGUACUUGAGUUUACCUGUUUACCUAAUUUGAGGAAAAAUGAUCUUCAGGGGAGUUCUGGUUCUGACCUUGGCAUUACUCUACGUAGAUGCACAAAAUACCUGCGACCUGAUUGAAUGGACCGGAGGUCAAUUCGACUGGCCCAACGAAGCAACAAAAUCAAUCUACAAAUCAUCAGGCCGGUAUAUCCCCAAGCACAUCAUCGCCACAAGAGCACAAAUCUUCAAAGAUGACAUCUUCGUAGCUCUGCCAAGAUACAAACCCGGUGUGCCAGUCACCCUAGCCAGAAUAGGACUGAAACAGAGGGGAGCUGAAGCCAUCCUCACCCCCUUCCCCUGUUGGGCUUCUCAAGAAGAAGGAGACUGUAAUGCCCUUCAGUCCGUUGUGGAUCUCUAUCUGGAUGAAAACAAUAUCCUUUGGGUUCUGGAUACUGGUGUUGUCAACUCUUUGGAACAGCCCCUGCGUAGGAUGCCCCCAAGGGUGAUAGGAAUCAACGUUCUGAACGGAAAGAAGGUCAAAACCUUGGACCUCUGUGGACUGGUUGCUCAAGCCUCUCGUUUGCAAUACUUGGUUGUUGAAUACGCUCCUGAUGGCAGGCCCUUCGUCUAUGUUAGUGAUGCCGCUACUAGAUCCAUCCUUGUCUUCGACGUUGCUGGAAACAGAGGAUACAGAGUAGUCUUACCCAAAGUUGUUGCUAACUGCAGAAGAGAUGUCCUCUAUAUCGCUCUAGUCCACAGAGCUGGCUGCAACAACAACCAACUGAUCAUCACAUACUUGUCCGGUGCCAGAAUCUUCCAGAUCCGUACCGAGUACCUAAGAGCAGGCUGCGCAGCUGGCAAGAUCCAAGAUCUUGGCAAAAAAGAAAACAAAAUCGUCGUCCUUGGAACUGAUCUCGGAAAUGCCCUCUUCUUCAGAUUCGAGGGUGAGCGGGAAGUUUACAGAUGGGAGGUAGGACCUUGCUUCACCGGUUACAAGGUUGUUUACAAAUCCCCGGAAAGUUACCUCGCCACCCACGCCAUCCCGGAUGUGUCCAGGAGGAGGAUUCGUGUAUUGGAGAGCAACUUCCCCGAUUACAUCCAGAACACUGUUGGAUGCGGUGCCAACCAAAGAGUAUCUUUGAUGAUCAGCGCAAUCAACAAAGAUUGAAUAUUGUGAUCUCAUUAUUAUAUAAUGUACGUAAUGUGUCAAUAAAUUUUUCGGUUAGUUGUUUAUACUUUA